AUGUCCCCCAUCGUCGUAUCCACUGCACAGGCCGUCACCACCGAUGAACAGCCUGCAGCCCGAACUGACAUGAGCCAUCCCCCCUUUCGAAGCAGGCUCACACAGCCAAAGCUGAAAGAUUGCGCGGAGGAGGGGCUGGUAAAGACUGUUUCCUGGGUCUCGUCGGUUGCUUCCUAUGUUUCGAGUGCUGCGAGGGAUGCUGUGACUGCAUUGGCGAUAUUAUCUGCUGUCCUUGCGAAAUGUGCUGCUAGGGCCUUGCCUCGACCUGACAAAAGUCACACAUUGUAA